GUGGGUGGCGGGCGGGCGGAGGGCGGGGAGGGGGGGCGGAGGAGGAGGAGGAGAGACGAGGGCAGCGGAGGAGGCGAGGAGCGCCGGGUACCGGGCCGGGGGAGCCGCGGGCUCUCGGGGAAGAGACGGAUGAUGAACAAGCUUUACAUCGGGAACCUGAGCCCCGCCGUCACCGCCGACGACCUCCGGCAGCUCUUCGGGGACAGGAAGCUGCCCCUGGCGGGACAGGUCCUGCUCAAGUCCGGCUACGCCUUCGUGGACUACCCCGACCAGAACUGGGCCAUCCGCGCCAUCGAGACCCUCUCGGGUAAAGUGGAAUUGCAUGGGAAAAUCAUGGAAGUUGAUUACUCAGUCUCUAAAAAGCUCAGGAGCAGAAAAAUUCAGAUCCGAAACAUCCCUCCUCACCUGCAGUGGGAGGUGCUGGAUGGACUUUUGGCUCAGUAUGGGACAGUGGAGAAUGUAGAACAAGUUUUUGCUUCUUUCCUAGUCAACACAGACACAGAAACUGCCGUUGUCAACGUCACAUAUGCAACAAGAGAAGAAGCAAAAAUAGCCAUCGAGAAGCUAAGCGGGCAUCAGUUUGAGAACUACUCCUUCAAGAUUUCCUACAUCCCGGAUGAAGAGGUGAGCUCCCCUUCGCCCCCUCAGCGAGCCCAGCGUGGGGACCACUCUUCCCGGGAGCAAGGCCACGCCCCUGGGGGCUCUUCUCAGGCCAGACAGAUUGAUUUCCCGCUGCGGAUCCUGGUCCCCACCCAGUUUGUUGGUGCCAUCAUCGGAAAGGAGGGCUUGACCAUAAAGAACAUCACUAAGCAGACCCAGUCCCGGGUAGACAUCCAUAGAAAGGAGAACUCGGGGGCUGCAGAGAAGCCUGUCACCAUCCAUGCCACCCCAGAGGGGACCUCAGAAGCAUGUCGCAUGAUUCUUGAAAUCAUGCAGAAAGAGGCUGAUGAGACCAAACUAGCUGAAGAGAUUCCUCUGAAAAUUUUGGCCCACAAUGGCUUAGUUGGAAGACUAAUUGGAAAAGAAGGCAGAAAUUUGAAGAAAAUUGAACAUGAGACGGGGACCAAGAUAACAAUCUCAUCCUUGCAGGAUUUGAGCAUAUACAACCCUGAAAGAACCAUCACUGUGAAGGGCACAGUCGAGGCCUGUGCCAAUGCAGAGGUAGAGAUUAUGAAGAAGCUCCGUGAGGCCUUUGAAAAUGAUAUGCUGGCUGUUAAUCAACAAGCCAAUCUGAUCCCGGGGUUGAACCUCAGCGCACUUGGCAUCUUUUCAACAGGACUAUCCGUGCUGCCUCCACCAGCAGGGCCCCGAGGAGCUCCCCCCGCUCCCCCUUACCACCCUUUCGCUACCCACUCCGGAUACUUCUCCAGCUUGUAUCCCCCUCACCAGUUUGGCCCGUUCCCGCAUCACCACUCCUAUCCAGAGCAGGAGACCGUGAAUCUCUUCAUCCCAACCCAGGCUGUAGGUGCCAUCAUCGGGAAGAAGGGGGCGCACAUUAAACAGCUGGCCAGGUUUGCUGGGGCCUCCAUCAAGAUUGCCCCGGCAGAAGGCCCAGACGUCAGCGAAAGGAUGGUCAUCAUCACCGGCCCACCUGAAGCCCAGUUCAAGGCCCAGGGGCGGAUCUUUGGGAAACUGAAAGAAGAAAACUUCUUUAACCCCAAAGAAGAGGUGAAGCUGGAAGCCCACAUCAGAGUGCCCUCUUCUACAGCUGGCCGGGUGAUUGGCAAGGGCGGCAAAACCGUGAAUGAACUGCAGAACUUAACCAGUGCAGAAGUCAUCGUGCCUCGUGACCAAACGCCAGAUGAAAAUGAGGAAGUGAUCGUCAGAAUUAUUGGGCAUUUCUUUGCUAGCCAGACCGCACAGCGCAAGAUCAGGGAAAUUGUACAACAGGUGAAGCAGCAGGAGCAGAAAUAUCCUCAGGGAGUCGCCUCACAGCGCAGCAAGUGAGGCCCCCACAGGCACCAGCAAAACAACGGAUGAAUGUAGCCCUUCCAACACCUGACAGAAUGAGACCAAACACAGCCAGCCAGCUCGGGAGCAAACCAAAGACCAUCCUGAGGAAUGAGAAGUCUGCGGAGGCGCCCUGAGAAUCCCAGGGGCCAGGAGGGAGGAGGGAGGUCAGCCCGGGGGGCCCUGCCCGGCCUCCUGCCUCCCCCCCGGGGCCUCUGCAGGCUUCCCAGCCAGCCACUGCAACCAUCCACUCGGAUCUCUCCUUAACUCCCACCGCGCUAUCCCUUUUAGUUGAACUAACAUAGGUGAACAUGUUCAAAGCAAAGCAAAAUUCACACCCUUUUCUUUUUGUGGAAAUUGUCUCUGUACAUGUGUGUACAUAUUAGAAGGGGAAAGAUGUUAAGAUAUGUGGCCUGUGGGUUGCACAGGGGGCCUGCAGCGUUAAUAUAUUUUAGAAAUAAUAUAUCAAAUAACUCAACUAACUCCAAGUUUUAAUCAAUUAUUAAUUUUUUUCUUUUUAAAGAGAAAGCAGGCUUUUCUAGACUUUAAAGAAUAAAGUCGUUCUUUGGGAGGUCUAAUGGUUUAGUGAAGGAGCUUCGAGACCACCCAGAUAAAAUCCACCCGCGGGAAAUCUCGAAAGGGCACUCAGCAGUUCUGGAUCACCUGUGUAUGUCAACAGAAGGGAUACCGUCUCUCUGAAGAGGAAACUCUGUCUCUCUUCAUCCCUUGUCUAGCUCACACACCCAUUUCUCUUUGCUUCACAGGUUUUAAACUGGUUUUUUGCAUACUGCUAUAUAAUUCUCUGUCUCUCUCUGUUUAUCUCUCCCCUACCUUCUCUCCCUCCCCUCCUUCUCCAUCCCCAUUCUUUUUCAUUCCCUCACCCCUCUGUCUCAAUUCCCAGUAUCUGCGCACCCCCCAGGCAAA